GUAGAACUUUCUUCACCGCCAUUUGUUAUAUCAAGAUCUUCUAGAUGUACUUGUAUAUUUACAUCUUUGUGACGAUCUCUAGGAAUGUCCGAGACUGAUUGCCUGGUUGUGUCAACAUUAGAUUCCCAGUAACAGUUUCCUUCAGAGGACCAACGACCGAAUUCUUGGUUGGUUUUCAACAUCAAUCAAGAAAGAGACUAUGGGUCGCGAUUUUUACGCAGUUCUUGGCGUACCGCGAAAUGCAUCGUCAGAAGACAUCAAAAAAGCAUACAAAAAACAAGCAAGACUUUAUCAUCCUGACAAAAAUAAGAAUCAAGGGGCCGAGGAGAAAUUUAAACUGAUUUCCGAGGCCUAUAAAGUUUUAACGGACCCACAAAAGCGGAGUAUUUUCGAUACGUAUGGCGAGGAAGGCCUUACUGGAAACUUUGGUAUUCGAGGUGGAUUCCCGUUUGAUGACCCAAUGAAAGUCUUCAGGGAAGUGUUUGCCGAUGAAGAUCCAUUUAAAGAAUUUGACUUCUUCUUUUUUGAUGGUCUUGGUGGCGAUAAUUUUUCUAAAGUUUUUGAAUCUCAUACAUCAAGUUCCGCAUCCUAUGGAUGGAAAAGUUUUGGGGAUGGAUUUGAUUUCCGCACUCCUCAUGAUCCAUUUAGCAAACAAGAGACAUUACCGCAGGAUCCCCCUAUAGAACAACCCUUACCUGUUACCCUUGAAGAACUGCUUACAGGAACAAUGAAAAAACUGAAAAUUAAUCACAGGGUAUUAUCAGCAAAUAAUACAUACGUCCAAGAGGAAAAGAUCCUUCAAAUUGAUGUCAAACCUGGUUGGAAAGCUGGGACAAAAAUAACAUUUCCAAGAGAAGGAGACAUGAAAGCUGGCGUUAUUGCUGCAGACAUUAUCUUUGUUGUAACUGAUAAACCACAUCAGUAUUUUAAACGAGACUCGGACAAUAACUUAUUAUAUGUUGCAAAACUUAAUUUACGGGACGCACUUGUUGGAUGUAUGAUUAAUGUGCCAACAAUUGAUGGAAGAGUUUUAUCAAUACAAGUUAAUGAAGUCAUUCAACCAGGCACUCAGAAGAGAAUUCCAGGAGAGGGCUUACCAAUACCAAAGAGGAAUGGAGAACGAGCGGACAUGAUAGUUGCUUUUGAUGUAGCCUUCCCUACAAACUUAUCACACGAACAAAAGGAGUUUCUUGCAAAUUUACCAUUUUAGUAUAAGAAGUAAUUUGAAAACGUAAUUGGAUAUAUAUUUAUAUCCAAGUAUUGUUUUUAUUCCAGCUACUUCUUUUUAGAUAAAUUAUAAGUUUAUUAUACAGAAAUUAAUGGGUCAAGUUAGAGAAUAUUUUGACUAAUAGCAAUGCAAUUCCAGUAGAGGAAAUUCAAGGGAUCAAAAAGUUUAUUUUAUAGGUAACAUUUUUAAUGAUUUUUAACAUGGUAUUUUCAAGGUGACCUGCACACUGUACAGGUGUACCCAGUAGAUUUUAUCAGCUUUGAAGAGUUUGUUUUUAUUCUAGGCAUUUACACUUCUACACAAUGGUCAUUGUUAGCAUUACGCUGCAGCACACAAUUCUUAGUCACUUUAAGCGAUAAAGUAUUUGAAGUAUCAUUGAGUUUGAAGACAUGUUAUUUGUCAAUAAUAUUGUCUUGAUGAGUACUGUAUUUCACUGUGAGUCAAAAAUGUACAAACAAAUUUCUUUGAAGUCUAUGCACUAUUUCCAGUUCACAAUGAUCAAUGAAACUAGCAACCCUCCAGUAUUUGCAGUGCCUUAUACAUUAUAUGUUGGCUAUACUUACUAUUUGUAAUGAUGGUGGAUUAUGUUAUUGAAUUGUAAAGGGAUUGAAAUUUAUAUUGUGCUGUAGUUGUUUUUUUUGUUGUUUUUUUUUUUUUUGGGGGGGGGGGGGGGGGCAGAACUAAUGUGUAGAGGUGACUUGUGUCUAAUGGUUUUUGUAAACUUGAGAAACAAAAUAUAUUAAUGUGGCUCAUUGGCUUAAAAGGAGGCAACCUCCUAGAAGCAGCCUAUGUAGGAAAAUAUAAAUAUCACAUGUGUAAAAUAGUCAUAUUCAGACUAGUAAAAGAUAAUAAUUUGAAAAGGGUUAGGUUGGGAUGUAUGUUUCAAGGGUUUACAAAAACCAUGUUCGUUAAUGAGCAAAAUGUCUUGAACUAAAUGAAGAUAAAAGAAAUUGCUCAGCAGUAAAAACAGAUUGCAUUUAUAUUUGUACAGCCUAAAUAUCAGAGAUGUCUGACUUAAGAAGAAGAAUUUAUAAUGUAUAAGUUUAAAAGAGUGUGAAUUGUAUAGUAUAAAGAUAUGUUGUACAAAGAUUGUCUUACAAAACCAUUAGUGUGAAUUCUAAAAAAUAAAUGAAAUUUAAAAGCUUU